AUGGUCUUGGGGCAAGGGAUUGGCGACGAGGCGGUUUUCUUCGAAGGACUGGUCGACGACUAUGAAGAGUUCGUCUUCACUUUCUUUCCAAUCAUCACAAGGCGAGAGCUGCUCGAGGCCGUCCGAGACAUGAAGGCCAGCCAGGAAACUCGUGCAUUUGUGCAUGCGACCGCCGCCAUCACGAUCAACAUGAGAGUCAACCAGCGGCGGCAUUGUGACUAUGACAUUGUACGCAGUCAAGUCCUCUUCCUUGUUACCCGAGGACUAGAAAUACGGGGUGCCAUCAUGCCGUAUCAACGUCCGAAUGUACAAACUAUCAUGCUAUCUACCUUCAUCCACGUUUGUCUCUUUGCCCACCACGUCAACGACGAUAUGGCAUUUUUCUACCUGAGAGAAGCCAUCACCAACCUGCAGAUCCUGGACGUGGACGGCGUUGCCGGAGCUGCUAACAACAACAAUGAUAGACCUCGAUUGCAAAGACUCUACUGGCUUCUUUUUAUCCACGAACGUUUCGCCUCGUUGAGGUUCUACCGAGUCCCUAUCUUAUCACCUCUCUCCUCUCUCCCGGUAUCAGACGGGACCCUGGAGCCUGGAAUCGAACAGUGGUAUACGGCCAUCAUUCAACGUUUCUGCAUGCUCGACGACACCUUUAUCGCGAAUUGGAUCAAGAAGGGAAACCCCUCGGCACCGGAAUGUGAUGCCGGCACGGACUGGAGUUGGAUAGAGGCCAAGCAAGCUCAACUGAGUGCCGAAAUGGACCUUCACGCUCACCCCUCUCCGAUCCUGACGGAGAUGCAACAGGUGGACAUUAUAAUCACCAGCUACUGGGUGCGUACUUUGCUGUGGCAAAUCGCGCUGUCGGUAUGCCUCCUCACAAGUGACAGUUCCAGCGACUGGAUGUCGUUGUCCUUCCCACUGCGACUGUCUCACCAGUUACAGUCGUUGUUGACUUUGAUAUCGCGGGACUCGAUCGAGGUUCACGGCGCCGGCAUCCUGCAAAAGAUCUUCGACAUCACCUCUACCAUUGCAGAUAUUCUUAUUCAUGUUACGCCCUUGACGCCCAGGGCCGACACGGAAGCUCACAUUGCCGACUUUUUCUUCCUGUACGAUUACCUCAACAACAUGUCCAAGUUCUUCGAAGCAGAGAGGAAGUUGUUGCAAGAGAAGCGGGAGAGGAUACGAGUGAUUUUUUCAAGAUGAGGCUUUAGGACGCUGCAUCAUAUGUUUCCAUCGAG